AUGGCGAUAGGGGGGGCGUUCGUGGAGGGCCCGGCGGGCGGCGCCGGGUACAGCGGCCGGGUCACCUCCUUCGUCGUCCUCUCCUGCAUCGUCGCCGGCAGCGGCGGCAUCCUCUUCGGCUACGACCUCGGAAUCUCAGGCGGCGUCACGUCCAUGGAGUCGUUCCUCAAGAAAUUCUUCCCGGACGUGUACCACCAGAUGAACGGCGACAAGGCCGCCGUCUCCAACUACUGCCGCUUCGACAGCGAGCUGCUCACCGUCUUCACCUCCUCCCUCUACGUCGCCGGCCUCGUCGCCACCCUCUUUGCCUCCACCGUCACCACCCGCUACGGCCGCCGCGCCUCCAUCCUCAUCGGCGGCUCCGUCUUCAUCGCCGGAUCCGCAUUCGGGGGCGCCGCCGUCAACGUCUACAUGCUCCUCGUCAACCGCAUCCUCCUCGGCAUCGGCCUCGGAUUCACCAACCAGUCGAUUCCACUGUACCUCUCGGAAAUGGCGCCGCCGCAGUACCGUGGCGCCAUCAACAACGGCUUUGAGCUCUGUAUCAGCAUCGGCAUCCUCAUUGCGAACGUUAUCAACUAUGGAGUGCAGAAAAUCGAAGGAGGAUGGGGGUGGAGGAUAUCACUGUCCAUGGCUGCUGUCCCCGCUGCAUUUCUGACUAUCGGUGCGAUCUUCCUUCCUGAGACCCCGAGCUUCCUGAUCCAGCGUGAUGGCAAUGUCGACGAGGCGAAGAUGAUGCUCCAGAGGCUGCGUGGCACGAUGGGGGUUCAGAAAGAGCUCGACGAUCUGGUCACCGCUAGCAACAUAUCCAGAGCAAUCAAGAACCCGUACCGGAACAUCCUGAAGAAGAAGUACAGGCCGCAGCUCGUGAUAGCGCUCCUCAUUCCUUUCUUCAACCAGGUCACGGGAAUCAACGUGAUCAACUUCUAUGCGCCGGUCAUGUUCCGGACCAUUGGGCUAGGGGAGAGUGCAGCACUCAUGUCAGCGGUCGUGACACGCCUCUGCGCCACAGUCGCCAACAUCGUGGCCAUGAUCGUCGUCGACAAGUUCGGGCGAAGAAAGCUCUUGCUGGUAGGCGGUGUUCAGAUGAUCCUGUCGCAGUUCACUGUCGGUGCGAUCCUGGCUGUGAAGUUCAAGGACCAUGGAGUCAUGGAUAAGGAGUAUGGAUACCUGGUCCUGAUCAUCAUGUGCGUGUUCGUGGCAGGGUUCGCCUGGUCCUGGGGACCUCUCACCUACCUGGUGCCAACAGAGAUCUGCCCGCUGGAGAUCAGGUCGGCAGGGCAGAGCGUUGUGAUUGCGGUCAUCUUCCUGAUGACCUUUGUGAUCGGGCAGACGUUUCUCAACAUGCUGUGCCAUCUCAAGUUCGGCACCUUCUUCCUGUUUGGCGGGUGGGUGUGCGUGAUGACGCUGUUCGUCUUCUUCUUCCUGCCGGAGACGAAGCAGCUGCCCAUGGAGCAGAUGGAGCAGGUGUGGAGGAAGCACUGGUUCUGGAAGAGGAUAAUUGGGGAGGGGGAAGAAGAGGUGGAUCAGGCACAAACUGGUGCAGGAGCCAUAGCCAUGUCCACCACACCACAUAGCAGUUAG